UAUAUAUACACUAAACCCAAAUUAAUAAAUCUUGAAACACCAAAUAAUAACUUCCUCCCAAUCCCAAAACCCCAAAUGGGAAAUUUCAGAACUCCAUCAACACACGACAUCGGAUUUUGCCUUCUCCCCUCGGAACUCAUAGAGAGAAUUCUCAUCGGUUUAGCCUUACCGGAGAUCAUCCGCUUUAAAUUGGUGACCAAAAACAUAGCCGCGAUCAUCUCUAAUCGCGAUUUCGUUCGCCAGUUCAACUCGCGCUGGAAAUCUUCCACGUGGCUCUUUCUCUUCAAGAAACGACGCCGUUGCGACUCCGUGCUCGACGGCUUCGCCGAUCAAGCCGACCGCUGGUUCCGCUUCUCCAUCUUCGACUUGUUGAAGCCCGUGAUUUUUCCCGGGGAGGAUAUCUUUUUCUUGACGGCCAGUGGGAAUCUAUUCCUGUUUGCCUCCAACACUCUUCAGUCUGUUAUUACCGUUAAUUUAGUUACAAAUACCGUUAAGAAGAUCCCUCCCAGUCCUUUAGGCCGACGUGGCACCUGUUCCUGGCGGAGAUCCGCCAUGAAACUGGUCCCCGGUCCAACCGGGUCGGAUCAUUUCCGGUUCUUCUUCGCGGAGUUGGUCGAACACCGACUGAUCGUGUUUGUGUACGACUCAGAAAUUGACAAGUGGCGGUCAAUGGAGGCAGAGCAUGAUGUCGGUAUUAUGCCACGUGUUGGCGAAAGAGAUGGUGACUAUAUUUUUCUAACUUUAAUCAACCGCGCAAGUGAGAGUAUAAUAAUUGCGAUCAAGCUCGAGAGCAACACGCCAAUAAUCCUACGGCCAAGAUUCGAUGGCAGGCGGAACGAGAACAGGCAAUUAACGGUUGGAUUCAGUUGGGGAAACCGUAUCGAUCGGCUCCACGUGUACGGUGAUGGGUUGAUGAUGAUCGUGAAAUCAGACGGAGCAAACUCGGGGAGUGGAGUGAGGAUGUUGAGUGGGGUAGAGAUGUGGGGCCUGGGAUUAGAGGGGAAUCAGUGGGAGUUUAUAUCGGAGUUACCGUACACGGUGAUGCAGCAGAUUAAAAAGCCUUAUGGGGUUAUGACCGGGUGCUUGGAGGGUAAAAAUGGUAUAGUAAAGGGUGUUUUAAUGUCUAACUACGAGGGAUUAUGGGACAUAAUUUGGGUAUGUUACGACAUGAGGAGAAAAGAGUGGAAGUGGGUCCCACUCCCUGAUUGCAAAAUGAAGGGACUCAAUAUGGCCGGAAUUGCCUUCUCUUCAGGUCUCACACUUUCAUGAAAGUCAUUAAACCACUCUUCACAUUACAUAUAAGUGUGAUGAUUAUUUGAGCUACAAUUUGCAUCCUUCUCUUUUUUCGCUUUUUCUACAAACAGUUGUAUUUUGAAUGAAUAUUAGUUAUUGUCUAUGCUGAAAAUGAUUGCAUAUUAUAAUCUUA